AUGAUUUUGUGUAACAUUAAUAAUUAUAUUAACAAGAAAUAUAUACUUUACUUUAAUUCAUGUAGAAGAUUUUCAGAGACCAGUGAAAUCCUGUCAAAAUUAUUCAAAAAUCUCAAAGAUAGGCCAAACAUAAAUAAUUUCUCCAUACAUACUUUAAAGUUUAGUGAAACCGAUAAUUGUAAAGAAAAUAGUUCUAUAAAUGAUGUUAUAUCCAAGAAAUCAUUGGAUUCAUCAAAAAAAAUUCAAUGUGCAUAUUCAGAUUCCUUUUUAACUCUUGAUUUACUAACACAUUCUAAUAGACGGCAGGAUCUCUCAAUAUAUAGAGAAAAUAAAGAUUUUAUUAUUAGCUCUUUUAUCACUCUGAUUAAUUUAAAAACUAAAAACCAUGAUUUGCUGUCCUUUCUUUGUGAUUCUUUGACGGUUAUUGUAAAUGAUUUGAAUUUCGACGAAUUAUAUAGACUUGUAAAGGUUAUAUCUAAUGAAAAGUCAGGCAAAUCUCACCUUAGUGAUAAAAUUUCCACUAUUUUUUGCAGUUUACUGACAAGAGUUAACUAUUUGAUCACUGAAAAACUAUCAUACACUAAAGGAAUAGUUAAGGUUAAUGAACUCCCUAAAUAUUCUGCUGGUUAUUUACAUGACUCAGGUUCCGAUAUAACACCUGGAAUCAAUUUUGAUUGCGAAGAACAUUUGGAAAAGCUAUGGCAUCUGUGGUACAUAUUAUCUAAAAAAUCUUUUCAUGAAUCGAAGUAUACAGUUUCACUUUUAUUGUCACUUUUGGAACUCGAAACUGGCAGGAUAUUUAAGUUUGAUUUAAGAAGAGUAUGUAGAGCAUUGGAUAUAGUUGUAGGGGACUGUAAAUUCUUCAGUAAAUUAGAAGAAAGAUUUAUUUUAAGGCUACUGAAGAGGUUUAGCAUAGUUUUAUCCAAUUUAGAUAAUGACCAGGACCCUGAACUUCACCUAAAAUCCAACAAUAUAACUCCUAUUCAAGUUAAGAAGUUUUUCUGUAACAUAUCGAAAAUAUCCAAAAUAUCACCUAAACUCUUAGAGAACUUUUUACAAUUAGAAAACAGUUAUAAAUCAUUUCAAAAUUUUGUCACAUUAUCUAGUUUUCUUUUGAACAAUGAACAUGGUAAACUAGAUGUUUCUGAAAGAAACCAUGAACACUCUGAUAGUGAUUUAACUGAGUACUUUAAUAAAAAUUCAACUGAAUUAAAUUAUAAACACAAUAAGUUGUUUUUGAAGGUUUUUGUAGAUUCUGUCGAGAUUGUUAAGUUCCUGGACCACCUGAUCUUAUGUCGUACUCCAGAUUCUGAUAGCUAUAAUAAUCUCAACAACUGUGAGGAAUUGAGAAAUAAACUUUUAAAACUAUCCUAUGACUUGCUAAUAAAGAUUUCAGUUGAAGCUGAAGAAUAUUUAGUUCAGGAAUGCAGAAGUAUGUACUAUAUUCUCCUCACAUUUUCUCUUUAUAAACCAACAAUACCCGAUACUUUGGGUGCUUCUGAACUCUCUGAAACCAUCUCCAAUAAAAUUGAGCGUAACAUUACUAAAUUAACAUCAAACUCUAGAUUAUUAACUGGUCAUACACAUUCUAGUGAGAAUAACAAUUUGGGGAUGAAGACAGUUCAAUUCAUGCUUUUCUGUGAUAAGAUAAAUUGUUUUCUAAGAUUAUUGGGGUCAAAUACAGAAACAUCUAAUAAGGUUAAUUUAUCAUGUAAGAAGUUGGUUAUGGAGCUUCUAAAAAACCAUGAAAAGUUACUCUCUUCCAACCAAACUCAAGGUCUGAAGACUCUUUACGUCACCUUGUUGAACAAGUAUGGGUUGUUGUCACCUGAGAUUUAUUGUGAAUUUCUACAUAUUCUGGAACCGUGGCCAACUUGGAAGAGGAAUGAACUUACAAUGUUAUGUGACUUAUUCUCAAGAACUUAUCCCAACUAUUGUACUAAUACAUUAAGUAGAGGUGGUACUCCUGAUAACCAGCACUUUGUUUGCUCUAGAGUACUUGAUAGGAUACUGAGCUUGUUAGAAUCUUUAAUUAAAUAUGUAUUUGUAAAUGAUAACUUCUUUAAAUUCUCUAAUAAAGAACUCAUAUCAGUUUUGAACUUCUUAAACACUUAUUUGGAUGCUUAUAACGAUAAACUUACACCCAGUGAUUCGUUCAAUCUAACCUUUAAUGAGCAAGUGAAAUCCAUGAUAACGAAUAAAUUGUCUGAAAGAAUCAAUGUUAUGAACUUCAAUCAGCUUGUAAAACUGCUUUCAUUUCACAAUAUCAUCGAAGAAAGUUUUAGAGAUGAAAUUGUUCAGGGGAUUCUAAACUUGGACUAUUUGGGGGAUAUCUCCUGCCUGGUUUCAUUAAAUGAUCCUACGGUCACUUCUAAGGUUUUAAACACCUUUGACAUAAAAGUUGUUGAUGAAAGUUACGUUUUCAGAGAAAAGAUGUUGAAGAUGAAGUUUUUAAACAAUUACAAGAAACCUCAGGUAAAUGAGAACAUUGUGAGCCACUCUAACUACGAGGCUUUAAAAAUGUUAAUUUAAUAUUAUAAAAAUGGAUA